GGUGACUGGUUUUUUUUCCCUCUCUGGACAUGUCAGUUUGUGGUACUGAAUGUCUGAGAGGACCAUAGAAUUCGUGACAUUAUUUCUGUAUAUUAGAAUCUCUUCACACAGCAAACUCUUCAACUACAGAAUGAUCACUGACCAUUCCUAAAACUGUGCAUAUGUUUGGGGGAAAAAUCUAUUCUGCAACCAUCACUUCUUUUUAUUCUAGUCUCUUAAGCUAAUUUCAAUUUCUUCCUCCUUAGAGAUGUUAGAAAUGUAUGGAUACAUCAUUUUAGUUUGGUUCUGCUGAAAUGUUUAUGUUAAAACAGAAAGAAAUGUUUGUAGUAACACAAUAUGAAUGUGUAGGACAGGAGUGAGCAAACUGUGACCCUUGGGCCAAAUGUAGGCAGCAGACAGUGUGCAGAGGUUUUUACAUUUUUAAAGGGUAGUGGGUUGGGGGAAAAACCAAAGAAUAUGGAACAGAGACUAGAUGUGUCCCACAAAAUUUAAAGUAUUUACUAUCUGGCCCUUUACAGAAAAGUUUGCAGAUCUGCAGCUUGGGCUGGCAUCAUGUGUUCAGGUUCAAAGCCUUAACAUUUAGAGCAGCUGGUAUCUCUUUGAACUUUAGGCUUGGACUCUUAUGGACUACUGCCUGCUGUACCAGGGUAAAUUAUACUCUAUUUAUUCUAGUGUACUAUUUAGUUGACUAGAUGUUAGUACUAUUUAUAUAAUCUAGUGGUUUCCAAUUCUGGCUGCAUUUUAAAAUCAUCUGGAGAGCUUUAAAAAUACUGUUGCCUAGGCGCCUACCCCAGAGAUCCUGAUUUCAGGAUCUGAAGGAGAACCUGGGCAUAGGUGUUUUCCUACAUUCUCUUCAGAAAGAUUGAUUCUAAUGUUCAAGCAGGUCUGAGAACCACAGGCCUAAACCACUUAAUGGUCUAUUCAUGGAUUAACAACUAGACCAUAUUCUUAGGCAGUUUUUAUUCACAUUGUUCAUUAGAAAUAUAAUAAAGAUGAAUUAUACAAAUUGCUCUUUAAUUUCAAAACAGAAGUGUUGCUCAGGGAAAUUUUAGCUGAGACAACUUUGAAAUGUGAGGAGCAUAUGAAACAGAUAAUGCAGAGCCCAGAGAAAUAGAAUUUAAAAGAUAGGAACUGAAAGGAACAUGCCGGGAAAAAAAAAGAAAAGAAAAGAAAAAAAAACACUAAAAAUCUCAAUACACAAAUCACUGAGUAGAUUUCUUGCUGUCUGGGUAAGUGUAUCUAUUUUCAAAAGUGCUAUUAACAUAAACAGAGCAGUAAAUCUGGGGCACCAUACUUUUUUUUUUUUUUUAAGUUGUUAAGAAGAAUUAUAUCAGUCUGCAGGUGUCACACGCAGUUACUCAGAAUCAGAAAGAAGGCUGAUCAGGGGUUAGAAGAUCUCCAUCUAUCUAUCUUUUUGCAACCAACCACGUCCAGGCUGUUUAUUUAAUACUUCCUCUUGCUAAUGAAGAUACUCGUUGGGGAUGGGUCGGGCUUUUCCAUCUCAGCAUAAGACUGCAAGAUUUGAACGUGCCCUGGUGCUGGCUUCACUGACCACAGCAGGUACCCCAGGCAAGAAUCUGAGCAGUAAUAACAGCAAGUGCGGAGGCAAGACACAUCAAAGCAGAGAUGGGAAGUGAAAGAGCUCUCGUUCUGGACAGAUUAGCAAGCAAUGUGGCAAAACGAAAAAGCUCAAUGCCUCAGAAAUUCAUUGGUGAGAAGCGUCACUGCUUUGACGUCAACUAUAAUCCUAGCUAUAUGUACGAGAAAGAGAGUGAGAUAAUCCAGACCCGGAUGAUGGACCAAGCCAUCAAUAAUGCCAUCAGCUACCUUGGUGCUGAAGCCCUGCGCCCCUUGGUCCAGACCCCACCUGCUCCCACCUCAGAGAUGGUUCCAGUAAUUAGCAGUAUGUAUCCGAUAGCCCUCACCCGUGCCGAAAUGCCAAACGGUACCCCCCAAGACCUAGAAAAGAAGAAUAUCCACCUGCCAGAGAAGAGCUUGCCCUCUGAAAGAGGCCUCUCCCCCAACAAUAGUGGCCAUGACUCCACGGACACUGACAGCAACCACGAAGAACGCCAGAAUCACAUCUACCAGCAAAAUCACAUGGUCCCCGCUAGGGCCCGCAAUGGGAUACCACUUCUGAAGGAGGUCCCCCGCUCUUAUGAACUCCUCAAGCCCCCACCCAUCUGUCCGAGAGACUCCAUCAAAGUGAUCAGCAAAGAAGGGGAGGUGAUGGAUGUGUAUCGGUGUGACCACUGUCGAGUCCUCUUCCUGGAUUACGUGAUGUUCACUAUUCACAUGGGUUGCCACGGCUUUCGUGACCCUUUUGAGUGUAACAUGUGCGGAUAUCGAAGCCAUGAUCGGUAUGAGUUCUCAUCUCACAUAGCCAGAGGAGAGCACAGAGCCAUGCUAAAGUGAACAUCUGGUCCCAGAGAUGAUUUAUGCCUGAGCAUUCAACAUAAUUUGUAAAAACCGACACCCCGCCUAACAAGCUAUUCUCCAAACAAACUCAGUUCCAAACCCCUUUCCAUACCACUUUUAGUGUCCAAAGGGUCAAGUUCACAUGGACAACAGAGAAAUGCUGUCUUCAUUCAGAAAUUGUUUGCUUUUAUAUCAUGUUAUCAUUUUUGUGAGACCUUUGUUUUCUCAUCGGGGACUUGAGUUUUUAUGACAUUUAAAAGCCAUUGAAGUAUUUGGUCAUUACCUUUUGCAGCAAUAGAACAAGCAGUCCUUGGAGUUUGUUGCCAGUCAAAAGAGUCCCCCAGCUGUGCUGCAUGAGACAUUCUUUCUGAGAUACAGUGCCAUAUGUGGAAAAGUCAUACACCCAGGUCCAUAAGAAGAGCUCACCAGCUAACUUCGGUGGGAAGACAUGCCCUUCUGCACUUAACAGAGGCUGAAAGUCUAGGAUAUAAUCUCCUCAUCCCUAAUUAGAGUCUAAUAGUAAGGAAAAGAACAGUGAUAAAAUAAGUAUCUGUUACCAGUUCCUGAAGACCCCAGUCUCCAAGCAGCAGACCCAUUUCUUAUCACACAAGGAAAAAAAAAAAAAAAAUCAAGUUAUUCGAUGAUACUUCUGCUUCUAGCCUCCCAUACCAAUUAAAAAACUGCUUUGGGUUAAACCAGUCCUGUAUAAGAGAAAUUCUAUACCAGAAGAACUAAUGGUUUUAAACAUAGACUAUCAUUGAAACUUCACAAAGUUGUCUGUUAAGGCAUACAUUUCCUGUCGUUGAAAUUGGCAGAACUGGACUCUGAUGGGGAAAUAGUUCAGCAGCAGGAGGAGAGGGGCAGCUCUGUGAACGUUCUUGGUCUCCUUCACGGAGCAUUAGUAUACAGACCUAAGGCACACUUGCCGAUAAUUUUUUUUUUUUUUUUGACAGAAAAUAGACAAUCCAAAAAGCAUGACUUAGUCUCCCCUUUCCCACAGGAGAUGAAUGAGGGACAGAUAUCAUGAGUAUUGUCUGGUUCAGUGUUAAGCUUCCUGAAGAAGUGAAGAGAGGCGUACCCCUGCUAACAGGUUCUCCUUCAUCAAGGCGGAUAAGGUUUUCUCCCUGUUUUAAGCUGCUGUAUGCCAGGAAGAUUCCUGAAAGUCUGCUCUUGGCUCUGCAGAUCUAUUGGCCAGCUUUGUCAUUAAUUAUGAGAGAUAUGCUAUCAAGGAAAAGUGCAGGGAUAAUUGUAAAAUUAGUACUGCAGUAGAGGUCCCAAGAUCUGUUUGCAAAUUCCAUAUUGGCUGCUAAUUAGCUAUAUGACUUUGGGCAAAUCACUAAACUCUUAAAACUAAAUUUCUUUAACAAUAAAGAAUUGGGCUUAAACGCUCUCUAAGGUCCCUUCCAGCUUUAAAUUUAUGUGAUUAUGCUGUAGCUUCAGUUAUCUUUUAAGCCUUUUCAUGUAUGGGUACUAAGCAGGAGAAUAUGUAUGUGAAUACCUGUUUCACAUUUCUUUGGUGUGAAAAUGGUAGUGUUAAAUUUUUCCUUUAACUACUGAGUUGUGAAUGUGAAGAGGAUGGUGGGGAGGAACAAAAAACAGGAAGGUAUUUUGAUCUUGCCCCAAAGUGUACACACAAAGUGGCACCUGCAGCUGCUUGCCAAAGCCUUUUUUUUUUUUUUUUUUCUUUUUUAAGAACUGGUGUUAGAAUAAAUUCUGCUUCCAGGGACAACUUCAUGGAAUCUAUUUACAAAUCGAGAGUAGUUUUAUGCACACUUCUACCAGAGUCAAGAAUCCCCAAUUCCUGUUAGAUUUGCAUUUUACGUAUCUGCCUUGGUAUUUCAAAAGGGCUUAGGCAUUAGAUUCAAACUCAACUAACUUAUGUGCUGCCAGUAAUUAAAAUGUUCCCCCUCAGACUGCACAAAUGGCUUAGCCUUCUUUGUAGCAUGGUGUCUGUCUCAGGAAAACAGAUUUUGUGAAAUUCCAUGGUAACAGUCCCAACAUGUUUGAGAUUUCGGCUAAAAGACUGGAUGUAUUUCAGUUCGUAGUCCUCAGCAUUUCACUGUAUUUCCGUAAUCCUAGACUCCAAGCUACGCCAGGUUACUGACACGCAUUGUGGCAGAGGAGCUCCUUGUUAUACUCUUGAAAUGCCACACGUCCUGCUGACUCUUCAGGGGACAAAAGAAAGAGAAUUUGGUUGGAGAGAAAACUGGGGAAAGCAAGCAUUUCCAACAGAUUAGUGGGAAAGUCUUUCUGAAGAAACCAGUGUUGGCUCCUUAAGAUAGUGAAAGAGGCCCAUCCCACUAAGCUGGGGACUUUUUUUUUUUUUUUUUUUUUUUGAAGACAUGCCUCAUUUUCCCUGUGACUAACAGAUUUUCUGAAUGAUUUCCAUUCUUCUGAGGUCAGUUUUCUAAGUGCAGUGACCACUCACAAAUGCUACUUUCAUUGUAGCCUUCUGGGCCUAGCUGGAGCACAUGGAGUGCAGAGAAAAUUUGUAUAUGCAAACUGCACGUUUGUAAACCAUCAAGUUGAACCAGGUAGUAUGUAGUGGCUAUCACCACACUGGUAAACAUGUCCUUCUGUAGGCACCGCUUAUGUCAAUAAAUGCCCUUUCCCUGUGCUGGGGGUCGGGGAGAGGGUGAAGGACAAUCUUAGCACGGUCGCUGAAAGAGAAGGGCAGAGUCAGGAUUCACAUUCAACCACAUUGGACAGUGAGGUCCUGCAGCAGCCUGUAGAUCUGAGCUGUCUGUCACUUCCCACCACACACCCAGGGGGCCACAAUCCAGGGAAUAACCAACCCCACGAAAAGUUCCCUUGCAGCCAAGGUGACAGAAUUGGGAUGAGGGGGGAAGGGAAGGGAAUUGGCUCUCCAGAUGUUCCUCAUCACUCCUCUUGAAUUGCUGCACAGGUACUUCCUACUGGCAAGAACUAAACAGAAGUGUCUCCCCCAUUACUUCCACCACCACUACCAGGGGAAAAAAAGAUAUAGAUAAAUCCACCAGCCUUUAGAUUCCUUAAGUCAUUCUCCCUAAAAGAUCCUUGUUUGACACAGAUAAGCUAACUAAUCUUUUCCCUUAUUACCGACUCUGAACUGUUCCUGACGCAGCUUCUGACUUUGUCAGUGACAACUUUUCUCACCCUUUAAAUGCAGUGCUUAACAUUUUGCUAGGCCCAUAUUCACAGUGGCCCAGAUAUAAAGUGACCUCAGAUUUCUUUUGCAAAGAAAAAAAGCACAAAAUUUUGCUUAGUUGAAACACUGUGUUAUGAACAAAUCUCACACCAACAUAAAGUUUUUCCAAGUAGUCUCUGUAUCACCGUUCUUACUCUCCUCCUCUGCUUUUUCCCCUCUGCCAAAUGUGAGGUUUAGCAUGUUUUAAAGGAAAAAGCCCAACACAGGCAGUAAGAUCAUAAUGGAAAUAUUAAAUGGUUAGUGUCCGGGGCGCCUUGGUGGCUCAGUGGGUUAAACCGCUGCCUUCGGCUCAGGUCAUGAUCUCAGGGUCCUGGGAUCGAGUCCCGCAUCGGCCUCUCUGCUCAGCAGGGAGCCUGCUUCUCGCUCUCUCUCUCUCUCUGCCUGCCUCUCCGUCUACUUGUGAUCUCUGUCUGUCAAAUAAAUAAAUAAAUCUUUAAAAAAAUAAAAUAAAAUAAAUGGCUACUAUCCUAACUUUAAAGUGUACCCCACAGAUAACAGAUCCAUUGGUCUCUAGUGGAGAUCUAGAAACCAAACCACUCAAGAUUUGAACCUUCAGAGACAGCCAAGUUCUUUCACAAAGACUUGGAAUUGAGAUUUAAGAGCUAAAGACAAGAAAGUGGAGUGAAUGGGGCGCCUGGGUGGCUCAGUGGGUUAAAACCUCGGCCUUUGGCUCACGUCAUGAUCCCAGGUCCUGGGAUCAAGCCCUGCGUUGGGCUCUCUGCUCAGCAGGGAAGCCUGCUUCCCUUCCUCUCUCUCUGCUUGCCUCUCUGCCUACUUGUGAUCUCUGUCUGUCAAAUAAAUAAAUAAAAAUCUUAAAAAAUAAAAAAUAAAAAGAUAGUGGAGCAAGGUAAAUUUUGUCCUAGAAAAUACCAUCAGGCUUUGCAGAGGAAGAUAAGAGAUACACAAUGAUGUCUCUUCUCUUUUAAAGAAUUGGGAGCUAUUUUUAUGCUCAGAGAGUAUAGAUCAGAGAACCUCUCUCUAUAAGCAGAGUUCAGAAAAACAAUGGAUUUGGGACUUAAGUGCCUGUAAAGAAGACAAUUUUGGCCUGAAACCAAAGGCUAGACCUGGGCCACCCUAGGAAAAGGAUUCUGUUCUCUAAAGCUGAAGGACUGAAUGGUUCUCUGAAUGAUCAGUGAAGCCAGGGCUGGAACCAUUGUCUCUAAGGACCGUGGACUUAGAAGAGCCCUCAAGAGAAGUGUAGGCUUCAGACUUGCAUGAGCUCAGAACACAGGACGGUAGCUCCAUUCACCCAAGCUGUAGAUAGUGUGUACCCCACCAUGCCGUCAACAUGAUAACCAGGUCUUUGGACUUUGAAAAAGCUGAAUGCAAGUUUCCUCUGAAUAUUACAAGACUGGACUAUUGUAUACAUUGAUGUUGAUUGAGCUGACGUUUGAAAAUGGAAUGUUAAUGUUUUGAUUAAAAAAUGUAAGGAUGUAGUAUCUACCUCCCGAGUAUGUUAUGAGCUCUUACGUAAUUUUGUCUAGGGGAUGGUGUUACUGGGCAGGGGCUGUUUGAGAUGGUUACAAGUUUUCUACUGUAUGCACUAUAUGUGAAUUUAAAGACAUGGAGAUAUUCAAAGGCCAUUCUAGGACCAUGAUUCAGUAAUUCAGUAGCCAGUGGAGGCCUUUAAUCUCAAACACAGAGUUUCCUUCAUGUUAUUUUAAUGUGUAAGAGUAAAGAAUAUGCUGACAAUUAGAACCAGUAUAAGUGAACUUCAUGCUAAAGAUACUUCAUGACAUUGUAGCCAGGGAAGUAGAAUGGCUUUGCUCCCUCCCUGUCUCAUGAGCUCUCGACUAUCGACUCCCCAAGUAACUUAGAGUUUCCUCAAAUGGUCCUCACUGUCCAUCUCCCUGUUGACCCUACUCUAGAAAUCCUGGAGAGCAUCCCAAAAUGUCACCCACCUCCUCUCAAGCAUGUGGGACCUAGCUUCUGAGGUUACUUUGCUUCUUCCUCUCCUAAAUAGACUGAGAACAGAUAUUUUAACACUUUAGGAAAAUGGGGCAGCAUUCAAAAUGAUCCCAGUGCCAGUGACUCAUUUAUACAAGGACUUUUCCAGGUUAGCAAACAAAAACCCUUUUUGGUGGGCCUGCUUCUGUGGGUUCACAGAAACCAAAUUACUGUGGGUUGCAAAGAAUUAGCAGGUCAUUUGAAAAGCAGACAUCUCUUCACCCAGACUGUGGUUUUGCAUGUUCAGGUUCUCAGUCUAUGAGCUUUGGUGAGGGAUCAUUUUGGCUACUGGAAAAACCAUAGGUUAUUUUUAAUUUCUGGUUGCCAAAGCCACCACACGUGUGGUCUGUGGAUGACCCUUGUCUGCAGAAUGGCGGAGGAAGAAGGGAACCUGGUUUGGGGGUUCAAAGGGGCUCAGGGUGGCCUUCCCCCAGGGAGGAAGGGAGGGAGGCCUUGCCGAGUGGUUUUGACACGGCCUGUGCUCAUAACAUUCUCAUCUGGGUUUCUCAGAAAUGCCCUCCCUGCCCAGCAGUGACCUUCCCUCUUAACUCCUCUUGAGUUUUACCCAGAGUCAACCAUUGGGAGCACUAUAAGGUGUCCUACUCCUCUGUAAAGACUGUUUAAAGAAAGUCAGCUUCUGAAAUGUAGCAAUGCUAACCUUGCUAGAACCAUAAUGAGUGCACAGUCACAUUAAAAAAACAAAAACAAAAAAACCCUGCUGAUAGAUUUCAAGGUUUCUGUAUCAUGUUUGAUUUUUACACUGAGAAAUAAAAAAUACUGGUGUGUUUAAAAUUA